AUGUUCAUACAAAACCGGCUAGUAGAAGAACUACAGUCGGAUGAGAUUAUGGAAAUGAUCUCGGAUCUUACACCACCAGUCCAACUCUUGACGCGCACCUACAACGUCCUGUUUCCGAACAGAGGCGAGUGGGAUAAGCCGGGAAACGGCUUAUUACAUGCGGAAAUGUGUUGUUUAGAUGCAGGUGGUGGUGUUCAGCAUGUUGCGAAACUUCUCAAGAUACCAAAAUCAACAGUAUCCGAUAUAAAGAAGAACAGAGUGAAGAUUCGAAAUUUUGUUGCAAGGUCGUACACUGAUAUAGGCCAGAGAAAAGUUAUGAAAAAGCCCGAGAAUCCUGAUGUGGAAGAGGCGUUAUACACUUGGUUUCUACAGCAACGUAAAAAUCACAUUCCUGUCUCUAGUGAAGUCUUGCGCACAAAAGCCAGAUUUUUUUAUGAGUGCAUCACUGGAAAGACUAACUUUCAAGCUAGUUCAGGAUGGCUUGACAAAUUUAAGCCAAGACGCGGCAUUCAUUUUUUAAAAGUAUGCGGAGAACGUGUUUCAAGUGACGCUGAAGCAGUUGCUCCUUUCCAACUUAAACUGCAAGCCCUGAUUGAGAAAAUGCAAUUAACUAAAGAGCAAGUCUACAAUGCGGAUGAAUCCGCACUUUUUUGGAGGGUUUUGCCAAACACAACGUGGGUGCAUAAAGAUGAGAAAUCGGCACCAGGGAGGAAAGUUUCAAAAGACCGUGUAACCUUUAUGCCAUGCUCAAAUGCAUCAGGCACACAUAAGUUGCCGUUACUUGUGUUAGGUAAAUCUAAGAACCCCCGAGUUUUCAAAAAUGCACAGUUGCCUGUGAAAUACGAGGCUAGUACCAAAGGAUGGAUGACCCGAAACAUAUUCUCUGAGUGGUUUAAAACAAUCUUUGUUCCUGAAGUGAAACAAUAUCUGAGUAACGCCAAUAAGCCAGCAGGGCACUGCUUCUUGUUGACAAUGCGCCUUCACACCCACCCGAAGAAGAGCUCAAUACGAAUCCAAAUUUCAUAG